AUGGCCGAGCCAAACGCAGAGCCGUCGGCCACCAUUCGCCCCGUUGCGUCCGAUGACCAGAAGAAAAUCCGCUUCUUGGUUGGAAAAAUGGGCAUGGAGCCCAUCGCAGUCGCGAACCAGAAAAUGUACUUCAAUCCCCUCGUCGUCGCGCUCUGGGUGGCGCUGUCGUCCGUAUGGGUGCAGUGGCAAAACUGGUGGCCCAGACCCGAGCUCGGACUUUUUGGUUACUUGACCCCGGUCCCUGCCUUUGGUGCGCUAUCCAUCGUGUUCAUGUUCGCCAUCGACUGGCUCAACCGCUGGGGCUUUGAAGACCGCUCCUCACACGUCCUCCGCUCCCCGGACCUCGUCGACAUCCCCGCCUACUACUCGCGCUCCCCUGCGUCUGGCUUCUGGGUGCUCGAGUACAACUCCCGCCUCGUCGGCUUCAUCGCCCUCGACGCCUCCCUCGACGCCGCUUCGGACGCCGCCCUCGACGCCGCUGCGACAGCCGUCGCGGGCCCCAAGUCCAAGGGCAAAGGCAAGGCGAAGACGAAGGCGGACCCCACGCCGAAACGCGCGCCGGCGACGACCAAGGGCACCGCCGCCGUGGCGUCCAUCCGCCACUUCUACGUCGACGAGCCGUACCGGCCUGCGGACAUGGCCGACGACCUCCUCUCCUUCGCGCUCGAGCACGCGUUCGGCGCCGACAAGACGCUCGAGGCCGUCCGCGCCCACUCGUCACCGCUCCAGGGCUACGUCGCGAAGUCGCUGGCCAAGCACGGUUUCGUGCUCGAUAGGAAGACGGAGCGCGUCGGUGCGCUCCGAUGGCAGAGUAGCAUUCGGAUCCUCGCGAGAAACGCAUGGGAGGCGCGCAAGGGCAAGCAGUGA